UAAUAAUUAUCUAUGGACCGACGUUUAGAUGCACGGUCAGUAAGAUCGCGAAGACUUUUGCCGUGUCACAGUCACGAAAGAUAUCGAACUAGAGAAUUACACGGUGAUCGCGGUAGGGCGUUCGAAUAAAAUGUCGGACUACUUCGAAGAAAUGGGCUGGACGCCGUUGGGUGAUGGCGAAGCACCGAAUCAUCUAAUACAUAUGGCCCGAUUGCUGAGAGAUUCAGGUAUUUGGGGAUUGCUCGAUCAAGACGCAAGAUUGCCGCCACCUGCAUCGAAAGAAGCACUGAAUACUCUAGAAGACAUUAAAAUUUCUUCGAGCGAAUCAAAACAGUGUCCCGUUUGUAUAAAAGAAUUCGAAAUGGGUAAUUUGGUAAAAACUUUACCUUGCCGUCACACUUUUCACAAGGAUUGCAUUAUUCCGUGGUUGGAAAAGACGAAUUCGUGUCCGCUCUGUAGAUACGAGCUACCGACCGAUGACGAAGACUAUGAAAUGUAUAGAAAGGAAAAAAAGAGAUCCGUACAAAGGGAAAAAGAUCUCGAGACUUUACAUAAUUCUAUGUUCAUGUAGCGAAUUUACACGGUUUAUUUACUACAACAAAUUAAUUUAUCUUAGCGAGUUAUUCCAAAAACGUGCACGAGUAAAGGAUAUUUUUAUGAUAAUUCUUAACGUCGGUAAUAUUUGCGAUUGUGACGUUUACGACGGUCGGUUAAUUUCACUUCACGGGGAAAAUACUUUUUUCUUACGUCGCAUAAAAAGUAUUCUUUUUAUUUACAUUAUAUUUAUGAUGUACUUAUUAUGAGACGAGGGACGAAAUCAAAAGGUGUUUCAUUGAUAAAAAAUAUAUUACGAUAACGUUGAAGACGUCGUGUAAGAAAGUAAUUAAUUUGUAUAAGUUUAAAAAUAAGGUGGCCAAUAAAAAGCCAAUGAUUAUUAAUAGGAAAUAAUGUUUAUUAUACAGUGUACAUAUUUAUUAACUUCAUUUAUUUUAUUUCUGUUAUAAAUUUUAUAUUAAUAAUUGUAUUAUGUUUUGCCGAGCGACGAAUGCCUUGAUCAGUGUGCGCUUAGACUAUAACAAUCUCCGUAAAAAGUAUAGAAACUUCUGGUUUUUAUUUUGUUCAUUUUUUUUUUCUUUUUUUUUUUUUUCUUUUUUUCUUCUUUUUAAUUGUCUCUAUCUCUCUUUCUCUCUUUCUCCCGUUAUUAUAGUUGUCCGUUUUUAAACCCUGGAACGCGACCACCAUAUGAAUCUUUAUACCAGCAAAGAGAAUCGCCAAAAUAUGUCGCGCUGAAAACGGCAUAAUCGUUCGGCAUAUACAAAUAAAUAAUAGUACUGUCAAAGUUAAAGUAAUUGGCGAUUUAUUUAUUUAUUUAUUUAUUUUUUUUUUUUUUUCUUUUCUUUUCUUUUCUUUUAAUUUAUUUUUUUUUCUUUUUUUUUCUUUUUCUUUUUCUUUUUCUUUUUCUUUUUCUUUAUUCUCGUCGAUAAUGCCAUUUCCGAGAGAACGGCACGACGCGCCGCCGCGCCAAAAAAUUCUUCCUUUUGAACGCGGCCUUUUCCAAAAUUCUUCCAUUUGCGAAUACUUCACCCUAAGGUUAGUAUCUCGUUUAUUAAUUAUUUAUAUAAUAUGCGUAAUAAUAUAAAUAAUGUCGUUAAUAUACCUAUAAUGAUUACCGUUUCUUUAAUAAUAAACUAUCUGAAUGGUA